AUGUGGAGUGAAGAAGAACAGGUACAAGAGCUGGAGGGUAUUAUAUGCGAAUUAGAGGACGAAUUUGCUGAGAAAGAACGGCUCUCUUAUGAGCAGGAAUGGUGUACGCCGAUCCCGACUUCCAUUAAGGUUAGCACCGUCCAGGACUUCUACAAAGCGUUCCAUGAUAUCGAUACCUUGCCAAUCCUGACCUGCAUGUUUUGUUAUCGCAAUCCCAUCGAGAAGCGUGAGGGUUCGCCCUUCCAAUGCGUUAGGUGUUUCCCUAUCGGUGAGACAAUCCGUGGGUAUGCAGAUUGUGUACGGCACCUAGGGAGAGACGGUUUAUCUCUAGCCGCUCAGUUGCACGACCGACUCGGAUGCGAGCAUAUAUACCCCGACGAGUUGAAGGAUCUAACGCCGAUCGAAGAGAAGCUUAUCGCGCUGAACUCGUGUUACGGCUUUAUUACGAAGUACAGCAUCCCAGAGGGACCGAGGCAGGGUGUAACAUAUACGAGGCAUGUGAAGGGCCACAUUACCGUCUUUCCCAACAACGUUCAGGAGCUAGUGGCCAACGUCCUCCCCCAUCCGCUACUUACGGUGAUGGAUGAGAUUCACGUGUCCUGGCAUGGGCCGGAGAAACCAGCGCCGAGCGAUCUAUCGGUCCUCCUAUCGGUUCGGCGUCGGGUGGUAGAGAAGGCACUAGUAUGGUUGAAGCGACAUAACCCGCUGUAUAGGCACAUUGAGAUUGACGGAGCGAAAUUAGAUAGUUGGGAGACGCCCUCGCACGGGGUACCGUCUCAGGUGUAUGAGCGGUUAAAACGGGACGAGCCGUCGGCGCAGGAGAAGGCGCGAACCGGGCAACUAGUCCCAUCGACAGAGCGUGGCCUAGAAGAGGACGAGAGCGUAGAUAUCCGAGAAGUCCUAGCCACGCUCGGUCAAGGGCACGAUGUCGAGGUCGGCCAGGAUGUGGUAGGCGGUCUAGGACCGAGCGAUGGUGACGAUGGGAAUGGGGACAGGGUCCUCGACAAUGCUGCAGCCCCGCUUCACGAGAACAGUUCGUCUGGCAUGUUCGCUCUUGAUAGGGGCCCGGAUAUCGCGGAUAGGGAGAAGUUACGGUACGUUCGUGACGCGCUAGGUCAACAGGAUGCUAGCAAUAAAAGGCGGGGUAGAACAGCGGAAGUGCGGCGUGGGAACACCUCCGAGCCGUACAUUGUGGUGUCUCGGGGCGAGGACUUCGCCGAUUCUUUAGACGCACGGUUCUUCGCAAAGACGUUCCCGACGCUAUUCCCAGUCGGUCGUGGAGGCCCACGCCAAGCGGACGAGAGCAUAGAGGAUGUGACCGGAGCGAUGGAUGUCGGCGUCGAAGCGGGGGUCAGGGUGCGGGGUCUUAUACGAUCGCGGAACAUGAGCCUAGAGGCGUGGGCCAAACUGGUGCUCCAGCGCCAUGGCGGUCGAUUUGCGUCACACCAUAUCUUUGCCUUCCUCGUUUUCAAUGUGGGGGUCCGGUCAAGGAAUCGCCGCGUUAGCAUGGUGAGCGUGACGAGGAAGAAUUUCGCCGAAGUCGAGCGCAUCGUCCGUUCGCUGAACCCGGAAAGGCUCGAGGCGGCGAAGGCUGAGCUAGAGGCGUCGCGGAAGACGAGCGACGAGGCGGUCAACCAGCUCUUACGGAGCCUGUCGCUAUACGGAUUUCGCCAGCCGAUGUCGAGGGAGAGUCGUUUAAACAUGCGGCGGAAGAUCCAGUCCCUCAUCAUUCGGGACGGUAUUCCGGCUAUCUGGUUCACGUUGAACCCGAACGAUAUCACUAAUCCGAUCAAGCUCCGGCUCGCGGCGUAUCGGACCCGGGAUCCAGAGGAGGCGGAGGCGUUCUUAACGAGCCUAGACCUGGCGUAUAAACGGGCACGAUUAGCCAUCUCGGACCCGCUCAGUUCAGCAAUAUUCUUCCACCGGGAGAUCUCCCUAUUUUUCGAGCACUAUGUGAAGACCGGGAAGGAUUCGGUAUUCGGGCGUAUUAAUCGGUAUUUUGGGGCCGUAGAGACCAAUGAGCGCGGCGCGCUCCAUGUCCACGGACUUCUCUGGCUCCAGGGAAACAUGGAACUGAGUUCUAUCCUACAAGAUCAUAAUAGGGAGGAUCAGGUAGCCUAUCAGGAGAGGGUCGCUCAGUAUGUAGACAGUGUUUUUACUGAGGAUCUGGACCACGAGGCCUUCUGUGCCGUUCGGGCAGAGCGAUCGGUAACGUCCGACAUAUCGCCGCUACUAGAGAACCGCGAGCAAUUUGGCGCUGCGUUUGACGAGGAGGCCAACUUCUGCGCCGGUGCUACUCAGAUCCACACCCAUAGCCCGACGUGCAGAUUGGUAGAGAGGACGGCGUUUACCGAUAGCGGAGUAUUGCAGAUUCGGCGGUCUCAUAGCAUGGUGAAUCGAUGGAACCAGGCCAUGGCGGUAGGACUGCGACAUAACCAUGAUAUCUCGUUCAUUGCUACGCAGUGUAAGACCAUGGCCCUGGUAUUUUACGUGACCAACUAUGCAACCAAAGUCGAGGAUCCGGUAUGGAAACGGGUGGCCGCGGCGGCAGAACUCUUCCCCCCCCAAGACAACGCGAUGGCGGAGCGGCAGGUGGAUACCACGGGCGGUCCUGCAACGAACAACGGUGUUGAGAACCGAACACGGCAAUUUUUAAUGAGGGUUGCGAACCGGAUCUUCACGGAGCGGGCAUUAUCGCAGGUCGAAAUCAUCGCUCACCUGCUCGGCUACCCAACGGAAUUUUCGAGCAAUGACGCCUGGACGUUUCUUAACGUUUCUUCCCUUUACUGGCAUAUUUUCCGCCGAUGGCGGCACUUGCGAUGCGAGAGUGGCAUAGAUACUCUAGACGAGUCGGUCGAGGAGACGGUGCUCUUACACGAGGCGGGAGAGAGAAUCUCUCUGGUGCAGGCAUACCCAGCGGCUGUUCAGCAUCUUGCCAUCUUUGUACCGUGGGAAUCGUUCUUGUUCGAGACAUCGGGCGACAUCAACGCUAUCUGGGAGAAUCGGAAGCAGGCCUUGCCUCGGAGGAUGGCAUUCGUCGCCGACAAUAUCCAACUCCUACACCGGUCGGCCGAAGAUGCGAAGCGCGAUGCCAAACAAUGGGCUGCUAUGUCCGGAGAGACGGAUCCUCCCGUCGAUACGGUCGAGCUAGAGGACAGGGAUGACGAUGGGGACGAAGGACCAAGGACAACGUAUCGGUCCGACAGUCUCGGCAAUGCAGUACGCCUCAUCGACGUCUUACGGAACGCAAUGGGAGCCAACCAGAUCACGGCCGGCUCGAAAGAGAUCUCGAGGACGGUAGAGCAAAUGGGUCGAUUCCAGCAAACGGCCUUAGGUUCUAUGGACGAACUGCGCGCUACGACCAUUCUCGAGCAAGGGCCAAGGACUCCUGGCACCCAAGAAGGCUGGUCUCCAGGGGCAGCGGUGGUAAGAGUGCCAGCACAGGAGAUGCUCAAGUCGAUCAAGGCGCAGCAAAAGAGCGCCUCCAGAGAGAGAGAGAGGAGGACCCAAGGGAUCCAGGGCCCGGUCGAGAACGACGGAGCCGGGGACAGGGGCGGGGGCGCAGGCCCAUCUAUGGGUAUCCAGCUCGGUCCCUCCACGUCGUUCUCUGCGACAGGGAGACAGUUGGCGGAGCAGACGUUCACCUUAAAUCGAAAACAAAACCGGAUCCGCCGCGACGAGCACGGAGUUCCCCAGCUCUGCCAAUUUAUCGGAGGCGAGGGCGGCACGGGGAAAUCUCGGACUAUCGGGGCUAUCGCGGAGCUGUUCGCAAGUAAGGGGAUCUCGCACCGUCUGCUAGUCACGGCGACCUCGGGAACGGCGGCAGCCAAUAUCAACGGGAUCACUAUCCACUCCGCCUGUGGAUUCUCGAAAGCUACCGGCUUGUGGGGAGAUCGGAGUACGGAUCUGGAGAGAUUCGCCUCGAGUAGCUCAGCAAGUCGCCGUAUCGACGGACGAAGCCGGGCGGAGUGGCAGGAAAAAGACCUGCUUAUCGUCGACGAAGUUAGCAUGCUCGGCGCGCGGACACUGUACGUGGUAAACGAACAGCUAUGUAGGCUGCGAGGGUGUGCAGACGCAUUUGGCGGGAUCCCUAUCGUCGUCUUCUGUGGGGAUUUCCACCAGUUCCGUCCGGUGCAGGAGCGGUCGAUCCUGCUCCCCAGUCAGGCCGUUGCGUGGACCGAAGAUAAAUCGUUCCGAGCAGAGCAGAGGUACCAGCAUGAUAAAGCACACGCUCUGUGGACGAAGUUCACCACGGUGGUUAUGCUCGACGAACAACGACUCCUAAAGCGGAUCAGGGAAGGCGUGCAAGAGCGGUCCGACGUGGAUUUCCUGAACCGCAUGUGCUACCGGGAAGGCCGACGGAUCCCAUGGGAGUCCGGCAUCACCGUCGUUACGCCGCUGAACCGGAACCGGUGGAACUUGAACGUCGAGGCCAUACUGUCGUUUCAAAGGCAACGGCAAGGGCAGCUCCGGAUUUUCAUGUCCGAACAUAAGUGGAAAGACGGCCAGCCGACGGAGGAGGAAGCGCUCAUGAUGUUCCGUUACGGGGACGAUAGCGCCGUUCCGGUCCCAGCCAUCUUCAUGUUCGUGCCUGGGAUGCCCAUCGUCGUCAAUCACAAUACCCACCAAGGCCUGAAGCUGGUCAACGGCGCCAGCUACGCGGCGUUGGACGUCGUUCUCGACGAGGCAUACCCGGGCCAUCGCGUCGACGCCGACACCAUCCUCCACUUCGGCCCUCCGGCGGGGAUCCUGCUGGCGUCGGAGACGGCACGAGACUUCCGUUUCGUCGGCAUGCCGGCCGGCACCGUGCUUCUCACACCCAUCAGUACCAAAAUCGAGUGCCAGAGGAAGCGGCCAUGGCAAAAGCACCACGUCAGCCGCCGCGGGUUGCCAUGUACAGCCGCAUUCGCCUGUACGGAUUACAAAGUGCAAGGCAAGACGCUAAACCCAGUGGCGCUGGAGUUGCGGGGGACGCGGGUGACCAAUAUCGACGGCAAGGCGGUGGCCAGCCAAUGCGAUCCGUAUAGCUUGUACGUGCAGCUGUCGCGCUGCCCGUCGCUAGAUGGCAUUAUGCUCCUGUCCAAGGCACGAGAACGGGACUUCAGAGAGAGAGAGAUUCAUACGCCCGUCAAGCCUCUCGGCGAGGCCCAUGUGGGGAACUACCUGGGCUGA